CAGCCCCAAAUGACUUGGCUUCUUUUGCCCUCUCCAACUGCAUCUGAAGUGGUGCUGAACUUAGUUCCUCAGUUUUACAGAGUUUUUGGAUCCGUUCCAGAGAGUCAUCCAGCCAGAAGAGAUCUGGCUCUAUAAAAAUCCUUUGGUGCAAUCAGAUAACAUACCUACCCGCCUCAUGUUUGAUAUGGCAGAUACAUUUCCAGGAGAAGAAUGAGACACCGGGGCCCAUUGCUUUUAGGAUGAGAGGAGGAAACAAGCCACAUCUUGCAAUCACACAGACACCUCUGCUGCAGCAACUCUGAGGUGGGAACCAUGGCACUUUGAAGGCUGCAUUCCCUUGCCUGCACCUGAAUACCCUCCAUGGUGGCAAGACUUGCUUAUUUGACUUUUAAACAGUCCAAAUCAUUCAGGGCCACAGCUGAAUCAUCAAACUGGUUACUACCACUUCUGGUCAGAAAGAAAUGGUGGCAGGCAAUUUCUUUCCUCACACCCUUGGCUGUUAUUUGUGUGGUGAAAAUUAUCCGGCGAACAGACAAGACUGAAAUUAAGGAAGCCUUCUUAGCGGUGUCCUUGGCUCUUGCUUUGAAUGGAGUCUGCACAAACACUAUUAAAUUAAUAGUGGGAAGACCUCGCCCCGAUUUCUUUUACCGCUGCUUUCCAGAUGGAGUGAUGAACUCGGAAAUGCAUUGCACAGGUGACCCCGAUCUGGUGUCCGAGGGCCGCAAAAGCUUCCCCAGCAUCCAUUCCUCCUUUGCCUUUUCGGGCCUUGGCUUCACGACGUUCUACUUGGCGGGCAAGCUGCACUGCUUCACCGAGAGUGGGCGGGGAAAGAGCUGGCGGCUCUGUGCUGCCAUCCUGCCCUUGUACUGCGCCAUGAUGAUUGCCCUGUCCCGCAUGUGCGACUACAAGCAUCACUGGCAAGAUUCCUUUGUGGGUGGAGUCAUCGGCCUCAUUUUUGCAUACAUUUGCUACAGACAGCACUAUCCUCCUCUGGCCAACACAGCUUGCCAUAAACCCUACGUUAGUCUGCGAGUCCCGGCCUCGCUGAAGAAAGAGGAGAGGCCCACAGCCGACAGCGCACCCAGCUUGCCUCUGGAGGGGAUCACCGAAGGCCCCGUAUGACCAGUGUCCUGGGAGGAUAGACGCUAAGCCCUGGGCACAUCUGCCACCCUGACAUCCUAACACAAUAGAAAUGGUUUUCUGUAGUGUAUUUUUCAUCAGUUGUUUCUCAAAGUCAUCGUCCUUCUGCUUCUGUUUCACUGAUGGUGUUCCUGCUACUUUAAAUGUCUACUUCCAACGUCCUUGAAUUUGCAAGUGAAGGACGCAAGGAACAAUCUCUAGAGACAUGUGGAAGAAGCUGUGAAGGUGGGGUUUGGGGAGCUCGGCCGAUUCGUCUAUCUGAAAUGUUUGCUGUAACAGCCACCUUCCUAUGUUUUCAUGGUUGUAAAACAUAAUAAAACCUCCCACGUGGAAGACUUA